AUGAGCUCUACCAACUUCGCCGCUGCCCAGGAGCGGGUUCUCGAACGUCGUCGCCUGCGCGAAGCCGAAUCUCGUGCCAGACUCGCGGAACAACAGCGGGCCAUCGACCCGGCCACCCUCGAAAGAAUUCCCCGGCCAUUGCGAGGCCUCCCGCAACGGGGGAUAUCGUUUUGGAAUACAUUGAAGAGUCGUGAAGGGACUAGUCCGGCUUUCCGGAUCGGCCAGGUGGAUGCCGAAUUGCUUGAUGAGGAACUACUGGGGUUGCUGAAGGGGCAGGUCGGAGAAGCGUUGAAAUAUUUCGGACCGCACAUGCGCGAUGAAUGGUCCCACGAAACGUCGUUUGUCCUGCGCGCCAUCCUGUUCAAACUCUCGAUAUGGGACCACGAUGCUUCGUAUGGAGCAGCGCUACAGAAUCUGAAAUAUACGGACAGUCGUAGCAAAGGCCCUGUUUACUCGCCCCCGACCAAAUGGCAGAAGGUUCUGUACGGCCUUCUAACCGUUGGAGGACGUUACGCUUGGGACAAAUGGGAAAGCUGGUUGAUCGACCAAGAGGGUGGCUACGAAGAGCCAUCGCAGGACGUACGAAUGAUGGCUCGGAUAACCGACUUGGUGUCGACGACCCACUCGAUUGCUGCCUUUGUGUCCUUUUUGGUCUUCCUGGUGAACGGCCGAUACAGAACGCUGGUUGAUCGAAUCCUUCGGAUCCGUCUCACGUCGCCUUCCAGCCAAUCGAGCCGCGAAGUGUCUUUUGAAUAUUUGAAUCGGCAACUGGUCUGGCACGCGUUUACCGAGUUCUUGUUAUUUCUGCUUCCACUCGUCGGUAUCAGCCGAUGGCGGAAAUGGCUUUCGAGGGCAUGGCGCAAAAUGCUGUCGAGCUUCAAAUCAAGUGCUCGUGUUGAUGAUGCCGAUGACGACAAGUCAUCUGAGAAACAGGGAGAACUAAGUUUCCUUCCUGAGCGGACCUGCGCGAUUUGCUAUCAGGCGCAGAACCCCGCGUCAACAUCGGAGAGUGAAGUCAUGGCCGCACCUGCGCUGGCUGGCGAUCUAAUCGGGUCCGCUCAGACCGAUAUCACCAACCCAUAUGAGACCGUGCCGUGCGGCUGCAUCUAUUGUUUUGUCUGCAUUGUGCACAAGCUGGAGGCCGAAGAGGGCGAGGGAUGGGUAUGCCUCCGCUGCGGCGAAGUGGUCAAGAAAUGCAAACCCUGGAACGGCGACGUGCUGGAGGAAGUCCGUGUGCCCUCGGGUAGCGGGAAGAAUGUCGGGUUCGCAGUGAUCGAUGAAGGGGGGAAGCCAGCGACGGGGUCAGAGAAGGCGAUCAGCACUGACGAAACUUUACAGCACUCGAACGAGUGGUCCGAGUCGACUGGCGGGAGUGAGCCAGAUGAUCAACAAAAUUAG